AUGUCGAAUUUAUCCAAACUUGAGUUUGUGGCAUUAGAUAUUUCUGGAAAGAAUUAUCUUUCAUGGGUACUCGAUGCUGAGAUUCACUUGGCUGCUAAAGGUCUUGAUGCCACUAUUACUCAGGGAAAUGAAGCAUCGAGUCAAGAUAAGGCGAAGGCUAUGAUUUUCCUUCAUCAUCAUCUUGAUGAGGGUCCGAAGAUUGAGUAUCUGCCGGUGAAAGAUCCACUUGAAUUGUGUACUGAUUUAAAGGGGAGAUAUGACCAUCUAAAGGAUAACUUCCUCGUUGAAAUUAUGUGGGGAGAUGAGGACAUGUUGGAAAAGACACUUACUACUUUCCAUGCCUCAAAUGUGAUAUUGCAGCAGCAAUAUCGUAAAAAGGGUUUUCAGAAAUAUUCUGAACUAAUCUCAUGUCUUUUGGUGGCUGAGCAGCAUAAUGUUCUUUUAAUGAAAAAUCAUGAAGCUCGUCCCACUGGAGCUGCUCCAUUACCAGAGGCAAAUGUGUUGGAAACACGUGAUCAAUCUGAAAAAGGAAAUAAAAGUGGUGCUUCCUCUUCCAAUGCUCGAGCUGAGUCACAUAUGACUCUUAAAGAUGAUGAUAAGCCGGGAACAUCUCAGAAAUAUGAUAAGGAUAUUGAAGCAAAUUUGGCUUUAAAGGAUGAUGUUUUUGAUGGCCUUGGUGACAUUACUCAUAUGGAAGUUGAUGACUUCUUUGGAGAUCGAAACUGA